AUGUCUGCGGUAGUCUGUGGCAAGAGGUCCUCCUCCAUCUUCGCCGACGAGCUCCUCCCGCCGUCCCCUCCCUCCCCUCACUCCUCCUCCCACCAGCCGGCGGCCAAGCGGUCCCGCCGCUCCCCCUCGCACCGCGGCGGCGGCGGCUCCGACGGACGCCGACGGGAGGCGCUCGUCCACCAUCUACUUGCACUCUUCCCCGACAUGGAUCCCCAGGUCUGCCUCCACCGCCGCCUCACUUUAUCCUUUCCUGAUUUCCUCCCGUCCCAUUUCCCCGUCGGUGGUGGUAAAUCACAAGAUGUGAUUUUUGCUCCCUUCUACGAUUUACUAGUGCCACCAUUUUUUUUGGUGUUGCUUGAAAAAGCUCUGGAAGCAUCUGGAGAUGACUUGGAUUCUGCAAUAAAGAGUUUGAAUUUGCUGCGUUUAGAGUCAGCAGAAAAUGGUCAGCAUACAGCAAUUCAGCCUUCCGUUGAAGGUAUUCCUAAUGGUGGCGUGGAUACGGCUACAGAACAUCCGCCUACUGUAGAUAAUUACCAGACAAGUAAUAAUGGCUCUGAAUGGGUCGAGAUAUUUGUCAGAGAGAUGACAAAUGCUUCUGACAUAGAUGAUGCACGGGCUCGUGCAUCAAGAGCUUUGGAGGCUUUGGAGAAAUCGAUUGUAGAGCGUGCAGGAGCUGAAGCUACACAGAACCUGCAUAAGGAAAACAUGAUGCUCAAGGAGCAACUGACUGUUGUUCUGCGAGAGAAUGCUGUGCUGAAGCGGGCAGUUGCCAUUCAACAUGAGCACCAAAAGGAGUUUGACGAGAGGUCGCACGAGGUCCAGAGCUUGAAGCAACUUGUUUUGCAGUACCAGGAGCAAGUUAGGACUCUAGAGAUAAACAACUAUGCCCUCACAAUGCACCUCAAGCAGGCUCAGCAGAACAGCUCCAUACCUGGGCGUUUCAACCCGGAUGUCUUCUAA